UCAAGUCGCCGAGUCACGCCACAAUAGCGUUUCUAGGCCACCAGUGGGCAAGGUCCUUUGGACCCGUCCUUUCAACUCCAACAGAACACAGUGGAGCGUCCUGGCCUGAUCAUGGCGACUCGCAAAUCAAUUUCGGAAAGGAUCGAUCCACAGACUUUGGUGACCAAGGGGGUCAAGACAGAGACACACGGUUCGGCAACAUUCCCAUCAGGACUCUCAAAUGGUCUUGAUCUACGGACAAGCCUAGUCAGCCCUAUUGGAGUGUUCCGCCUCCUAUUUCGUGGCCGACAGUUUGUGUUUUUUGAAACGGACAAUCAUCCUUCGUUCAUGGACAUCCAGAAAUUAAGUACUGGCAACUUAAUUUUCAUUGUCAGCGGAGAACUGAGUAUUUCACCCAGCAUGUACAACCCCAGACUCCCAAAGUAUCCAGCUGAGAUUCAGACAAGAUUUGCAUCUUUCCGAACAUCGUCGUUUGUCUGGGAAUCAAUUCUGAAGGUACCUGGUGCCCCUCACGUGACAGCUAGUCUAAAAACUAAUAGCGUUGUUGUGUCAAAGUCGACCAGAAGACCAUGCCCGGUGCCAGAUUGGUUUCGGGAAAAGUUCGGCCAACUGUACAACAAGGAUCCUGGGGUUACCUUCAGGCAGGUGGAGACAACUCCUAUCAAGAUGUGCAGGGGAGUUAACUCUAAUCCUUACAUGGUAACAGUUAAAAGUCGGGAUAUAGACCCGACCGAACACACGAACGCGGUUUUGUACCUACAGUACUGUCUUGACGCUCUGGGUGAUCAUUUGUUCAGGAACAAGAUACAGUGCGAAUUAAACACCGAGUCACUCCUCCUCAAAUCGGCUUCCUUCCUCCAUAUGGGUGAGAGUGAGGUGGCUGAUGUGUUGGCUGUUGAAUCCUGGGAUGAUGAAACUGAUGUUGACAUGAUAUGUUUUAAUAUUGUCAAGUCUGGAAUCAGCAUCUACCAGGCUCGUAUACGUUUUUAUCGAUAUGAUGAUAUAUUUGAUCAAAGCAGCAGACUCUAGCGUCACAAUGCGAAGUAUUGAACUUUACUUUAAGCAGA